AGACCUAAAAGAACUAGACCUAGCGGUGGUGCAGGAACCUAUAUAUCUUCUUCUAGAGGUAGUUUUGACCCUAAUCCGGGUUUUACUAAAGACCCUAAUCCGGGUUUUACUGAAGACCCUAAUCCGGGUUUUACUGAAGACCCUUUUCUGGAUUUUACUGAAGACCCUAAUACUAAACCGGUACCAUCAACAAGUUAUUUACCAUCUGGUUCCAAUAGAGGAAAUGCACCUAAGCCUGGUACAUAUGAGGAUCCUGCACCUAAUCCAGUUUCAAAUCCUAAUUCACAAG